AUGGAAAAUAAUGAAAAAGAAAUUUAUUUAUAUGAAGAAGAUGUAUUACCAAAUUUUUUAAAAUUUUCAACUAUUCCAAUUAAAGAACAAAUAAAGAGUGAAUAUGAACAAAAGAUAUUAAAGAUUAAAAAAGAAUUUUAUAUUUCAGGUAAUAAGAAAAAAGAAUUAGCAGAAUGGUAUUUAGAAUUAAUUGAAAAUCAAACAGAUAAAUUCUUAAUUGAAGAAGAUUCAUUCAAUUUCUCUGUUAUACCAGUAAUGUAUUUAGAUACACCACCUUCUUCAAUGUCUGAAAUUGAUAGAGAUUUAAUUAUAGUUAGAAAACAUAUGGACAAUCUAUCAUUUACUAAAAAAGAAAAUAAUAAUCAACAACCUCAACCCCAAUCAUUACAACAACAACAACCUCAACAACCAAAACAACAUAAUACAUUAAUUUAUAAUAAAUUAGUUUCACAAUUAAUUAUUCAAGUACAUAGAUUAAUUGAUAUUUUCAUUAAAGAAAGUUUAUGUAUAUUAUAUAACGAAUUAUCUGAUUUAUCAGAUCAAUAUUCAAUCGAUAUUUUUUUAAAUAACCCGCUUGUACCAUUAAAUCAUAUUGAACAACAACAGCAACAGCAACAGGAAUCACAUCAAUCAAAUGAACAAAUUAAAAUAUAUAAUACAAUGAAAUUAAAUAAUGAAUUUGAUUUUAAUAAAUUUCAAAAUAAUUGUAAACAAAUUAUUGAGAGAAUUCAAAGAAAACAACAACAAAAUAAAGUGAAAGAAAUUAAUUUUUCACCACUUAUAGAGUUAUUAAAAGAUACCAAUCAUUUAAAUAAAAUGCAACAAUAUGAUAAAGAUUUCUUUUCAAUGGACCAUUCGAUUUUAUCUGCUGAUGACCCUGUUGUAGGUGUUACAGGUUUCGUUUUAAAUAGGUUACAUAGAUUAGAAAAUGAAUUAAAAACUAUUCAACAACAUUGGAAUUCAACUUCAAUAAAUAGUUUUAAUCAAAAUUAUCAAACUUCUUCACUACGUAGAUAA